CUCACUUUGGUUGCUUGUUAAGUCUCCACCUUAGAGUCUUCAGACUUCAAGCAACAAUUUUGCUGUAGUUCAAAACGUUUUGGAUUUCCUUCAAAACUAUAUUACCAGCUAAGUAAGACAACCAGACUUAUUACUUUAGAAACAUGUUUUGCUUUCACCCAGUGUAUAUGUUGGGUGUGAUCAUGUGUUCACCAGAGUUGACUCUGAAUGACUUUUGGUUGUUUCACAAAAUCAAAGCUAUCCAUCCUUAGGAGAUUCCAUACCAUCAAGGAGAAUCCAGUCAGUGGUGCUGUCUGCGGCACCAAUGUAUAGCAGCCUCAGCGAGAUGGUUGAAGAUAGAUAACAUCUGUCGGGGCUUAUCGAUUCCUAUGCUUAUUAAACAGUUGGUCUCCUUGCCUUCAAGUCCUACCUUAUAUUUACCAUGUUGUCAGUGAUUUCAUUCAUUCAUUAAACAUAGGAGUGCUCAUGGCGUGCCCCACAGGGUGCUGAGUACCUCUGUUUCAGGUGGAGAUGAGUGCUAUGAAGAAAAAUUGAGCGCUGAAACGCUAAGAUGAUGAUAAAGCAGACUUUCCAGCAUGGCUUCCGCACCAACUCCUAAAUACAAUUCUCACUCCUUGGAGAACGAGUCUAUUAAGAGGACUCCUCGAGAUGGAAUUAAUUGGGAUCUCGGUGAGGCAGUUCCUCGCCUGCCAGGAGAAAUGCGAAUCACUGACAAAGAAGUUAUUUACAUAUGUCCUUUCAAUGGCCCCAUUAAGGGAAGAGUAUACAUCACAAAUUAUCGUCUUUAUUUAAGAAGUUUGGAAACGGUAUGUAAACACUGCCGUGGGAGUGAUGAAUCAAGAUGCGUGCUGUGUGGUUCAGGGGAUUCUGCUCUAAUACUUGAUGUUCCUCUGGGUGUGAUCUCAAGAAUUGAAAAAAUGGGAGGCGCCACAAGUAGAGGAGAAAAUUCCUAUGGUUUAGAUAUUACUUGUAAAGACAUGAGAAACCUGAGGUUCGCGUUGAAACAGGAAGGCCACAGCAGAAGAGAUAUGUUUGAGAUCCUCACCAGACACGCCUUUCCCCUGGCACACAAUCUGCCAUUAUUUGCAUUUUUAAAUGAAGAAAAGUUUAAUGUGGAUGGAUGGAUGGUUUAUAAUCCAGUGGAAGAAUACAGACGGCAGGGUUUGCCCAAUCACCAUUGGAGAAUAACUUUUAUUAAUAAGUGCUAUGAACUCUGUGACACUUACCCUGCCCUUUUGGUGGUUCCAUAUCGUGCCUCAGAUGACGAUCUCAGAAGAGUUGCCACUUUUAGAUCCCGAAAUCGAAUUCCAGUGCUGUCAUGGAUUCAUCCAGAAAACAAGACGGUCAUUGUGCGUUGCAGUCAGCCUCUGGUUGGUAUGAGUGGUAAACGGAAUAAAGACGAUGAAAAGUAUCUCGAUGUUAUCAGGGAGACUAAUAAACAAAUUUCUAAACUCACGAUCUAUGACGCAAGGCCCAAUGUAAAUGCAGUGGCCAACAAGGCAACAGGAGGAGGAUAUGAAAGUGAUGAUGCAUACCAUAACACAGAACUUUUAUUCUUGGACAUUCAUAAUAUUCAUGUUAUGCGGGAAUCGUUAAAAAAAGUGAAAGACAUUGUUUAUCCUAAUGUGGAAGAAUCUCACUGGUUGUCCAGUUUGGAGUCUACUCAUUGGUUAGAACAUAUCAAGCUGGUUUUGACGGGAGCCAUUCAAGUGGCAGACAAAGUGUCCUCAGGAAAGAGCUCAGUGCUGGUGCACUGCAGUGAUGGAUGGGACAGGACAGCCCAGCUCACGUCCCUGGCCAUGCUGAUGCUGGACAGCUUCUAUCGGAGCAUUGAAGGCUUCGAAAUACUGGUACAAAAAGAAUGGAUAAGUUUUGGACAUAAAUUUGCAUCCAGAAUAGGUCACGGUGAUAAAAACCACGCCGAUGCUGACCGAUCUCCUAUUUUUCUACAGUUUAUCGAUUGCGUGUGGCAAAUGUCCAAACAGUUCCCUACAGCUUUUGAGUUCAAUGAACAAUUUUUGAUUACAAUUUUGGAUCAUCUGUAUAGUUGCCGGUUUGGUACUUUCUUGUUCAAUUGUGAAUCUGCUCGAGAAAGACAGAAAGUUACAGAAAAAACUGUUUCUCUAUGGUCACUGAUAAACAGUAAUAAAGAAAAAUUCAAAAAUCCCUUCUAUACUAAAGAAAUCAAUCGCGUUUUAUAUCCAGUCGCCAGUAUGCGCCACUUGGAACUUUGGGUCAAUUACUACAUUAGAUGGAACCCCAGAAUCAAACAACAACAGCCAAAUCCAGUGGAGCAGCGUUACAUGGAGCUCUUAGCUUUGCGCGAUGAAUACAUCAAGCGGCUGGAGGAAUUGCAGAUUACCAACUCAGCCAAGAUCUCCGAUCCUCCGACUUCCCCGGCAAGUCCUUCCCAAAUCAUGCCCCACGUGCAAACUCACUUCUGAGCGGGAACCCUGGCACUGAGCUCCAUCUCUGAAUAAAGGAAACAUCUGACUUUGAUCUUGUACAAAGUAGAUUAUAAUAUUUGCCUCCAUAUAGAACUUGAACUAACAUAACCUUAAAAAAACCUUAAGCUCUUGAAUAUGUGCCUUCUAUAAUACAUACUACAAGAAAAAUACUGUGUCCACAUGGCAAUCAGAAGAAAGGAGCCAAGAUGAUGUUUUGGAAAAUCCUGACACCAUUAAAUAAGCAGGUUUUAAAAAGAAAAUUUAAAUUUAAUUUACCUGUUUAGAAAUACUGUGUAUACAAUAUGGAUUUUGUGGGUUUCAUUGAAACAACAUUAUUUUAAGUUAAAAGGGAAAAUGUGUGUGUGAAAUGGAUUUUCCCCCAGGCUGCUUCUAAUUGUUACUUUGGAUUGUCUAAAAUGAAUCCAAAUGUGAAAGAUGUGUGUUACUGCCAAAACCAAAUUGAGCUCAAGUUCCUAGGCAUUCUCCAAAAGCAAGGUGUUUACAUAAUUGCCAAAUUUUGUACCACCCUAAGUGGUGAUUUAAGGAGAAAUAGCUGCGGAGAUGAGCUUUGCUCAUUAUUUUGAAAUUUUGGAAUAUGAGGCGUUUUCCCCUCCUUUUCAAGAGAAGCUUAUUUUUAUAUUAAGGGACUGAUGGGGCCCAGUUAAAUAUGAUUUGUUUUUUCACUGUGCUGGUUCUAUUUUCUAAAUUUUUCAUGAACUUGCCGAAAAUUCCGAAUGGCUUUCAGGUUGUGGCAAACAGCACUCACUGUGUAAGGGUGUCAGGUGGCGUGAUGCUACUUAGGUGGGAAUGUUUUUGCAAACCUCGCGCUAGUCUAGCCAGCUUGUCUACCAAAGGAGGGUUCUUCAUCUUGUGUGUGUGAGCUCCUGCUGGAGCAGCAGUCUUUGAAAUCAGUGCCCAGAUGUGUAUUUGUUGAGCGUAUUCUUUAAAGUAUUGUGUUUCGUGCAUUUCAUUUUCAAUGGUGUCGGGUGCCCCUUCCCUCAAGUGUGCAUAAAAACUGGUUCUACAAAUUUUUACUUGAAGUACCGGGCAGUUUGCUUUUCAGGUUUUUUGUUUGUUUUUGUUUUAUUGUUUUUUUUUUUUUCUUUUUGUAGUAUUAAAUGAAAUUUUAAUUGCACAGUUCUAUUUGAUAUCUGAACUAAUUCAUUCAGUAAGUGUGUUUGUAAAAGUUAAGGCUAGAGUUAAAACAAGUAAUGUGUUUUACAGUGAUUGUAAAGGACUAUUUAUAGCUAAUAUGGUUUUGUUUCCAAUUAAUUAAGAGAGAUUAAAUAUAUCUUUGUAAAUUAUUUUAUGUCAUAGCUUAAUUGGGCUACCAAAUAAGGCAUCUCAAAUGCAGUAGUAUAAUGUAUGCAUUUUGUAAGUAUAAGAAAUUUUAUUAGAAAUUCUCUUGCUUUUUGUAAACGCUGUAAAUAUUUCAUAAAUUAACAAAGUGUCACUCCGUAAAAAGAAAAAAGCUAAUGCUAAUAGCUUAAAGGAUUUUGUGAAGUUUCAUGGAAGAUUUUUCAUGGCAAUGACUAAAGACCUGCUGUAAUAAAGAUAUUAAUGAAAACAUGAUGCUCAAUUGUCAGGGCUAUAACUGCAGAUACGUGUUUUAAAUGCAUGUGACACCUAUGUUAUUUUCUCUCCUGGAUCUCGUUGGUUUGCUUUUUUCUCUGUCCUGCUAGCAACCUUACAAGGUUCUCCACAAUUCCAACAAUGAUUGUCAUUUAACAAUGCAGACUUUAAGAGUCACAGCUGCUUUUACUGAAGUAAGAAUGCCAAAAACCGAACCCAUUGCCAUUGAGCCCAUUCCUACUCAUGAUGACCCCAUGUGUGACAGAGUAGAACU